GAAGUUAGUUAUCCACAGGAUUUACAUAUUUAUUGUCUGCAUGCAAUGUCGACAAAAGUUAAUUCAGACACAUUUUCUCGAGGUAUUGGAGGCCGCUUUGUGUCCUUACUAGCACCUGUUUCGGCAACCAUGAUUUUAGUGGUUUGGAGUGUUAACAACCUGACACCUAUUUCAGCUUUUAGUCAAGAAUCUCCAUUGACAUUGCUGGUGGACGAGGAAAAUCAAGACAGUGCCUUUGACAAAUUGGGAGCUUCCUUCUUGAAUGCGUGUUGUUUGAUAGCAGUUGUAGUUAUCAUGACAUUUCUCGUACUAGUUUUAUACAAAUACCGCUGUACCGGAAUUUUAUUCUGCUGGCUUAUGUUUUCUGCUGGCUCUAUUUUGUUCAUCGCGAUGUGGGAAUGGCUAGAUUUAGUGUGCACCCGUUUUCAAAUACCAUAUGAUAUCAUUACCAUGACUUUAUUAAUAUGGAACCUUGGUGCGGUAGGAAUGGUUUCUUUGUUUUACUAUGUUCAUCCGCUAUUUACACAGCUCUACCUUGUCUUCGCAUCAGUUCUGUUAGCAUGGUCGUUGACGGCACUUCCAGAAUGGACAACCUGGGCUAUAUUAUUGGCAAUCGCUACUUACGAUAUUUUGGCAGUUUUGUGCCCUCAUGGCCCCCUUAAGCUGCUUCUAGAAGCCGCAGAGACUCAAAACGAGCCGAUUCCUGGUUUUAUUUAUGACAGUUCAAGAACACUUCGUCCGGUAGUGACUUUCCAGGAACAGCAGCCCAUACCUGUAGAUAGUGAUACUAAAAGAAUCCCACCUCCUCGUCAGGAGGGUAGCAAUCAAAAGCUGCCAUUGGUGGCUUACCUUAAGCACAGUUCUCCUUUUAAAUUAGGACUGGGAGACUUUAUCUUUUAUGCUCUUCUUGUCGGAAGGGCAGCCAUGUCAGGCUUUUUGCCUUUUUUCUUUUGCCUUGUUACGAUUCUCAGUGGUAUGAUUGCGACACUAGUGUCAUUGUUUGUAUUUCGUGACCUUCUGCACGCCCUUCCGGCACUUCCAAUUUCUAUUUUUCUUGCGACGGCGGUGUAUUUUAUUACUGAAUAUAUUGUGAAGGAUAUGAAUACUUAUUUUUCUUUGAAGGUAUAUGUUCUGUAAUACCUGUUUAUGACACUAGAAGCUGCUUGCACAAGUAUAUUCACAACAAAUAACGA